CGCCGAGAGAGUUCGAAGCCAUCAUGGUGGCAAGGCACGGCAUUCAGCUCGCCGUCUUCCUUAUCAAAUCCCACUUCGGCGAACUCGUCUCUAAAGUAUGCGAGUGCCUCCUCAAUCGAGGAUCCCUCUCGUUUCAAGAACUGGUUCGUUUCGCCGAGCUCGAUCCCGACGAUAAAUCCAGGAACAGCCUCCUCGUCAAGAAAUCCCUCCUCGUCCUCAUCCAGCACAACUGCGUCCAGGCCUUCUCUGUUCCUAAACUAGGUGGACCUGGAGGGUUGCCGAAGCUUCAGACCAAGUAUAUGAUACUGUUUGAUAAUGUUCUUCAUCGGUUGAGGUUUGCGAAGUUCUUGGCUAUUGUGAGAAAUGACCUUGGUCCAAAGUGUGAAGCUCUUCUCGAGGGUUUACUUCAACAUGGCAGGCUUACUUUUGACCAACUUGUGCUUCGAGCAACUUCAAAGCAACCUGAAGCAACGCAGGAUUGUGUUCGUACAAACUUCAAUGAACUGGUACAAUCACAUUACAUUGAGCGUUGUCCAAGGGCUGAUCCCUUCAUUGCACCAACUCCUGAAACUAAACCAGGAAGGAGAGGCAGUAAGUCUAGUGUAGAGAUUCCAACUAUUGAAGAACAAGCAAUCCUGGCUGCAUCUCUCUCAGAUAUUGAGAGAUUUUCUGGAAUUUCUCCGGCGACAAAUGCCGGUGUAGAAGAAAAAGAUGAAAAGUUAUCGGAGCAUUCUCCUAGUGUAUCAGUUGGCAAUAAGCGUAAACGUGAGAUAGAGGUUGACAGUGAUGUCCAAGCUACAAUCUCCGAGACCGAAAUUCUUUGGCGGGCAAAUUUUGAGAAGUUCGUGCAUUGCCUUAAAAAGAAGGUUACAGAAGUCACAGCUGAUAUAGGAGUUCACUUAGUGCAACAGAGCCACUUUGAUGACAAAAAAAAAAUCCAAAUAACCAUGCACAAGAUGUACUUGGUUCGGCAAGUUGCAUAUGGCCAUGGAGAGAGGGAAGAAAUUUUAAUUGAAGGAUUAGAUUACAAAGCUUGUGUAGAAAACAUACGUUCAAGGUUGGGUGUUGAUGCUGCUGUAAUUUUAGAGGCAAUGAUAGAGUCCAAUUGUGAUCAGAAAGCUACAGAAAACAGUUCUGUCACGGCAACCAUGGAUGCAAUCUUAGAAGGGGUGAGAAGAAAGCCUGGAGGAAAUGCAAUGGCAUUGGAACAAGUUAGAAUAAUCCUUGACCAACUUGGAUGCCAUCUAUGUAGUGAAGAUACAGGGGCAUUAUAUACUAUCGAUCUGAAAGGAGUUAUAGAAAUUUGUCGAAAUGAUGAGGUUGAGUCCCUUGUUUUGAGAAGAUAUGGAAAAGAAGCAUUUAGGAUACUCAGGUUACUGGUGAAGGACGGUGGAAAAAAAGAAACAGAUAUGAUUGCGGAUACAACUUUUAUUGAGAAGAAGGAAAAUCAAGUACUUCUAUACAAGCUUUGGAAGGAUGAGUACUUGGAUGUGGAGAGAGUGGUUACAGCUGUUGGGAAGCAACUUACUUAUUUCUUAUGGGAAGUGAAUAAAAAAAAGCUUUUGAUGCAUAUUGUCAAUGAUAUGUAUCAUGCUGCAUUAAAUCUCAGUAAAAGGGCAGGACACAUGAUUGAACAAGAUCCCGAGAUUUUAUUACCAAAACAAGGAUUGCCAGAAAAGCUGCAAAAGGAGAAAACAGCAGAGAAACGAAGAUGGAUGAUAUUGCAGUCAUCCCUUGCAAAGCUUGAUGAUGCUCUAAUGUUGUUCCAUGACUUCUAAUAUAUUACUUUGCUCCUUAUUUUUGUCUUAGUUGUAUGUAAGGAGUCAUAUUUCAAGUCUGAAGGCCAAGUGUAAUUUUGAUAUUGAUCGCCUGCAGUAUUAACAGUUAGGUUAUGCGACGUAGCUGGUAUGUGGA